AUGCUUAUUUUGUUGUUAUUAGUAGGAACUCUUAGCCAAAGCACUUAGUAUUUAUGACUAAAAAUUAUUAGAGCUUUUUAGUUACAUAACAGUUGAUGAUGCCUUAUCUGAUCUGUUAAAAACAUAACCAAAAGGAUAUAAACCAUGGCACCCAUCAUUGAAUGUGAGAUUACGUGUCUAAGAAGAAGAAAGAACUUAAGAAUUUUAUUCAUUUGUAUAAUAGCAAAUCAAGAUCAAAUAAAGAGGAAUCAACACAUAGCAUCCCAUGCAACUUGUGUAGGUUUAAGGUCCCGAAUUCUUUGAGAACUUGGUUUGCAAAUGCAGUUUUUCACCUGCAGAAGCAGCAUAAGAAGAGGAAGAGGGAGGAGAAGGAGGAGGUGAAGAAGCAGAAGGUGGAGCAUGUGAAGCUGAAGGCAGUGGAGAAGGUGGAGAAGGGGAAGGAGAGGAAGUUGAAUUUAUUGUCAAAAAGACAAAAGCUCAUGGGAAAGACUUCAGUUUUCUAUAGGUAGGAACUUAAAGUAAUUUAAAUUAAUAUAUACCUCAAACCUAACAAGUUGAUCAAUUAUCACAGUACGAUUAAAGACUACAAGCUCAAGAACUAUUAAUCAAGCAAUUUAUGGAAAAAUAAAAUUAGUUGACUCAACAAAUAUCCAUGUUGCAGCAGAGUUAGGGAGUAUUUGUACCAUCUCUUUUUCCAUAAGUUGUAGAUCCCAAUUUUCUAACUCCUCAAUAAUAGGCACAACUUGUUUAUAUGAUGUAGCUGCAAUAGCAAUAACAAUAAAUUCAAUAACAACUACUUUAAUAGUAAAUGUUGAACCCAUUAUCAUUCUAAUCAAGUCCAACUAUAGUAAAGAAUGAUAAUGCCUAAACAUAAUAGUUUCAGGUUCCAUUCUAAUAGCCACUUGCUUAUACUCAGCCAAUCACUUAACCUAUAAUAAACCCUUAGAUAUUACUUUAAUAAUAAAUCCUCUAAUAAUAGUAAUUGACUUAGCAAUAAAUUCCUUAAUAAUUAAAUCAAUAGCAACUUCUUUAGCAAUAGUAGUAAUUAUUGAAUUAGCAGUAAAUACCAUAAGUUUAGCCCUAACAAAUUGGAUAAUCCCAAAUUCAUUAAUAGAUUCCUUAAUUUUAAUAAUAAUAAAUCCCUUCAACACUUACGUAGACCUAAUAAUAAUUUUAAGGUAUUCCACAAUAGCAAGUGUAGCAAUAGAUUCCUUAAUAGGUUCAAUUUUAAAACAUACAAUAAUAAGCAUAUCAAUAGAUUCCUUAAUAAUAAGUUUAACAAUAGUAAUAAUAAAUACCAUAACUUUAAUAAUAAGGGCAAUAAUAAUAAAAUGGAUUCUUGUAACAACCAUAGUAAUAAUAAUAACCUGUUCCUUAAUUCGAUUAAUUGGUAUUUAAUAUUAUUUAAUUUAGUUGGCUCAAUAAAUGACCUAGCCAUUAAUGCAGCCUUAAUUUUUACAAAAACAACCACAAAUCAUAGGAGGAAGAUGAUAUAUAAGGA